AUGGCUAGCUACUAUGGAUGCCUUUGGUACGAUCCUGAUAACAAUAAGCCUCAGUACCUCCCACAGGUCUCACUCAAGGCCCAUGCCACUAUCCUCUCCUCUGCCGCCCGUACAACCUUGACACAGACCUUUGUCAAUCCAUCUGACAAGGCCAUCGAAGAGAUAUCCUACCACUUCCCUCUUUACGAUGGUGUUAGUGUUGUCGGCUUUGAAUGCAAGGUUGGAUCUCGUCUCCUACGCAGCAAGGCGAAGACUAAGUCACAAGCCAAUGCUGACUACAAAAAUGCGGCGGCUCAACAUCAGACUGCUGCCGUCAUGGAUCACACCUCCAUGAAUGACAUUUUUGUCAUUCGACUCGGCAAUGUCCCCGCCCACGGAAAGAUUAACGUCGACAUCACCUUCGUGGGAGAGUUGAAACAAGAUUCCCAGACUGAUGGAAUUCGCUACACACUACCAAGCACCAUCGCUCCUCGCUAUGGAACUAGAAUGCCUUAUGAUUCAACCCAAUUAUCUGUAUUUGGUCUGCCAGCCAACCUCAAAGGAAUGUCUAUCACCGUUGAUGUUCAGAUGGAGAAGGGUUUGGUGAUCCGAGAGCUGGAAUCCCCAAGUCAUUCGGUCAAGGUCUCUCUCGGACGAGUUUCUUCUACACCGGCCAAAUCGUCUAACUUCGAACCAUCGCAAGCAUCUGCCUCUGUCAUCUCUCAGCAGAGCAACAAACCUGUAGCCCUGGAAAAAGACUUUGUCGUUCUCAUCAAAGCAGAUGGGCUUGAUACUCCCUGCGCAUUGCUUGAAAGACAUCCAACAAUCCCUAACCAGCGAGCCCUGAUGGUAACCCUCGUGCCAAAAUUUAGCCUCCAACAGGCUAGUCCUGAGGUGGUCUUUGUCAUUGACAGAAGUGGGAGCAUGGGAAACAAAAUCCCAACCUUGAGAUCUGCACUCCAAGUUCUCCUGAAGUCUUUGCCUGUCGGUAUCUGCUUCAAUAUCUGCUCCUUCGGAUAUUCCUACUCCUUCAUGUGGCCAACGAGCAAGGUGUACGAUGCAUCAAGCUUGCAGCAAGCUUUGGAUUUUGUUGACACCGUCGAGGCGGAUAUGGGUGGCACUCAGAUGCAGAGAGCAGUCAUGGCAACUGUUCAAAAUCGACUCAAUUUCAAAGAUUUGGAUGUGCUGCUCCUCACUGAUGGGCAGAUCGACCACCAGGACCGAUUUGCUGCUGAUAACACUGCUCGGUUCUUCUCACUCGGUAUUGGCAAAGCAGCAUCUCACUCUUUGAUUGAGGGAAUUGCAAGAGCAGGAAAUGGAUUCUGCCAGUCGGUCAUGGAGUACGAAGAACUCGAUCGCAAGGUCGUCCGCAUGCUCAAGGGUGCCCUGACCCCUCAUAUCCACGACUUCGAGCUCGAAGUUGCAUACGACACCGAGAAAGAGCCUGAGUUCGACUUUGUGAGCGAUACCGAGAACUUUACCGACAGUGAGACGGAUGGCAAAGAGAAGGAGAGAGAUGGAGACGUUUCCGUGGAAGGAACAACAGGCAGCUCAUCGCAGCGCUCAUCGCAGCCGAUUUUGCUAUACGAUGAGAACUUCCAGGAAUCCAACAUAAAUGUCGAUGCCGAAAAGAGAGCAGCUGAAACCCUUCCCACUAUCGCCCCCCCAAGAGCAAUCAGAGCUCCUUACAACAUCCCACCUCUGUACCCGUUCAUCAGGACAAAUGUCUUCCUCCUUAUGAACCCGCACUCGUCCAAGAGAAUUCCCAAGUGGCUGAAGUUCACUGCUACUUCCAACGAUAGUCCACUGGAGCUGCGAAUUCCAGUCUGCGACAUUGGAACCGGCGAAACGAUUCACCAUCUGGCUUCGCGCAAGGCCGUGAUCGAGCUCGAAGAGGGACACGGCUGGGUGUCCCAUGCCAAGGACGAGAAAGGAAACAAAUUCAAACACUUCCACGCCGACACAAAGCAGAGACUUGCAGAGCGUGAAUGCCAGAACCUGGGAAUCAAGUUCCAGGUCACUGGAAAAUAUUGCUCUUUCGUGGCCUUGGAAGAGAACAGCUCUUCUUCUUCAGAACAACAGGACAAACAGCAUACCCCAAGAGAACAUGUCGUCGAGCGAGUUUCUCUCAGGGCCCAGUCUGCUAGAUUUUCGAGCAUUCCGGCCCCUCUUAGUUUCUCAGGUCCUGGAAUUACACGCACUGGUGGUGUGCAUGGUCGCCGAGUUGGUUUACGUGGUGGCCGUACUGGUGGUGUAGAAGGUGAUUGUGCCCCCAAUAUUCAGGGAUCUAUGAUGCAGGUUGGACUCCGCGAUACCUCUAGCAACCAAGUAGCACCUUCUACAUCCAUGGGACCUGGAGAUUCGAAUCGUCUGUGUCGUGCCGCAGCACCUGCACUCGCAAUGUGCAUGGUGCAAGCCAAAGUGGCAGCACCUGGAACCAUGGAACCUGGAGUCCCGAGACCUCUUUGUGGAUCAACGGCAUCACCUGCAGCCCCAAGGCUUGGUGGCAUGCUGCACCGAACGGUACCAGUUGUAACCACCCUGGUUCCUACUUCGACGAAAACCCCGCAGAUGAGAAUGCAUGAGCUUAUCCAACUGCAAACAUUUGAAGGCAGCUGGAUGUGGUCGAAUGAACUCUUCGAGUUGUUAGAAUGUAACAUGAACUCGACAAUCAACAAAUUGGUCACAAUGUACCGCAGUGUCAAUCGACAGGUUGAAAAAGGGUUCCCGCAUGGUGACGAGGCGACUGUUCUCGCAACCCUGCUAGCAAUGGGAUGGUUACGGAAGAAACAUACGGGUUCGAGGGCUGUUUGGGAACUUGUGCAUGGCAAGGCUUCCGAGUGGGUUCGACUCCAGCUGAAGAAGAUGCGGGAUCAGCGUUCACCUGCGGCUAUUAUUGCAUCGAUCCAGGAUGAGAUUGUUGAUAUGAUCUAA